AUGCAUAUAACAGCAUGGGAACCAGCCAGAUGUGUCGCACCCUCACAGCUCUGCGGAGUCACAAACGAUCACAUGUUACAGCUUGCUGUUGGUCUGUCUGUGGGUGUCCUGUUGCUGUUGCUGCUGCUGAUUCUGAUAGUGUGCUACCUAAGGACGAGGAAAAAAGAGCAGAUGCAGUAUGAAGAGCUGCUCUCUGCAGUGCCUUCAGUCCCAGCAUGCUCUGCCCCAGUGAUCCUGGUGUCUCAGGGCUCCUGGGCCACGCCCCGCGAGAUCGCUUUCACUCUACCUCCUCGCUUCAUCACACAAAACCAUGGAGAUCGGAAAAAUAACGAGCAGGACAAGAAAGAGGAGGAGGAUCCCCAGCGGGACAUACUGGCUCAUCGUGGGUCGCUCUCAGUGAGGAGCUGGUACCCAGUGGGGACGGUUUUGGCUGGUCUCUACUCUGUACCCCCUCUAAAUGAGGUGGUGGCCCCCCCUCCCGGCAUGGCCUCCCGCCUCUGCUUCUCCGUGGAGUAUCGACACAGCAGCGAACAGCUCAUGGUCUUCUUGCUCCGCCUCAGCAACCUCCCUCCACGUUUCCAUGGCAACGUCACGAUGGUGGAGCUCAGACUUCUCCCUGAUGACAGGCGGCCCCGUCAAGCCAAGGCCCGGGGCACGGGUCCAGACCCCGAGUUCACCGACUGCUUCAUUUUCCAGGUGUCAACGUUGCGUGUGCUUCACAGCACCCUGAGUGUGUGUGUGCUGAGUGUGGAGCAGGAUGGUAAACGCCAUGUGGUGGGUAGGGUGCUGUUUUCUCUGGAGGGGGAGUUCGGUCAGGCUGGCAGGGUGCUCUGGAGAGACCUUGAGACCGAGGAAGACCCACAGUGUUCAGAGCUGGGGGAUGUGCAGAUAUCUCUCAGCUACAGUACGUCCCUGCAGCGCCUUUCAGUGGUGGUUUUGAGGGCUCGAGAACCUCCGACCCCUCUGGGAGUGGUGGUGUUGGGUCCCUUCAUGUACUCCAGGGGUCCUCAGCUGCAGCACUGGAUAGACAUGGUCAACACGGCACAGGAGCCCGUCACACUGUGGCACGGACUGCGCAGACCCACCUAA